UACAUCCACAACAACAACAAACAAAAAACCAUAAACACAUCAACAAAAACAAUUGAAGAAAUGGAUCAAAAAAUCACCCACAUAGCUAUUAUGCCAACACCAGGAAUUAGUCACCUAAUUCCCUCAAUCGAAUUUGCUAAACGCUUAGCUCUUCACCCAAAUUUUCACAUCACAUGUUUUCUUCUCACCACCAUGGAAGAACACAACUCUCCAUUACCACCUCCCAAAAAAGCCAUUCUUGACUCACUACCCAAUUCCAUCCACACAGUCUUUCUUUCUCCAGUCAACUUUGAUGACCUUUCUGAAGAUUCAGUUUCUGAAUUUAAACUCACUCUCACCAUAACUCGUUCCCUUUCUUCUCUCAAAAAAGAAUUGGAAUCUCAUUCCUUUUCUGCUUUUAUUGCUGACCCUUUUGGUUUUGAGGCCUUAGAGCUCGCCAAAGGGUUAAAGAUUCCAUCUUUUGUUUUCUUUUUUACAAACGCCAUGGCUUUGGCUUUGUUCUUAUACUUACCAAAGCUCGAUAGUGAAUUACCUGACUCUGUUCGGUUCAUGAAAGACUUACCCGACCCGAUCCGAUUACCCGGGUGUGUACCUCUUUCGGGUAAGGAUAUGAUUGAGCCACUUCAAGAUCGAGAAAGUCGAAUUUACAAGUCAUUUUUUGAAAUCUCGAAAGGCUUGUAUUUGGCUGAUGGUAUAAUUAUUAACAGUUUUUGGGAAAUGGAAUCUGAAGCUAUGAAAGCUUUGGAAGCUAAUGAGAAAGUGCCACGUGUUUUUUCAGUUGGGCCAAUUGUACAAGCAGGUUUAAGUGAUGUGGCAGAGUCAGAGUGUUUGACUUGGCUAGAUGAGAAGCCACGUGGCAGUGUUUUGUAUGUUUCUUUUGGUAGUGGUGGAACUUUGUCGAGUGAUCAAAUGAAUGAGUUGGCACUUGGGUUGGAGAUGAGUGGUCAAAAUUUCUUAUGGGUUGUUAGAAAGCCAGAUAAUAAAUCUUCAAAUGGUGCAUAUUUGAAAGAGAGUAGUGAUCAAAGCCAAAAAAAUGAUGCUUUUGAUUUCUUACCAAAUGGGUUUCUAGAAAGGACUAGAGAGAGAGGUUUGGUGGUUCAGUCGUGGGUCCCACAAGUUCAGGUGCUGGCCCACGACUCAACCGGUGGAUUCCUGACCCACUGCGGUUGGAGCUCGAUUCUCGAGAGCAUUGUGAAUGGAGUACCAUUUAUUGUCUGGCCGCUUUUCGCGGAACAGAAGAUGAAUGCAGUUAUGCUUGUGGAUGGUUUACAUGUGGCAUUACGACCGAAAAAGAAUGAAAAUAACAUUGUUGGACGUGAUGAAAUUUCUAGAGUUGUGAAGGUGGUGAUGGAGAAGAGUUGUGAAGAGGGUAUGGAAAUUGGGAAGUGUAUGAAUGAGCUUAAGGAUAAUGCUAUAAAGGCACUUGGUGAAGAUGGUUCAUCCACUAAAGCAUUUUCUGAAUUAGCAUUUAUGUUGAGAAAUAGUAGUAACUCAUCCUAGUAAGAAAUUAAAACUACUGUAUGGAUGGAAAAUAAUAAGUACUUUUAAUAAAUUAAUUUUAUCUAAAUAAUGGAAGGUUUUUGGCUUUGCUUAGAUCAAA